AUGGCCUUCAAAUAAGCGCAACUAGUUUAAACCAUAAAACACGAAGACUCUCUUCAAUCCUACCCUAUAAAACCCCUUCACAUCCCUCUCCAAUCCCAUCACGAGCUCAGACACCAAACCAAAGUAUAAGAGUAGUGUUGUAAGAGUGAGCAACUUGCCAACACCAUCGUGAAAUGGCUUCCAAAGCUGCUCUUCUUUUGUCCCUUAACAUUCUCUUCUUCACUUUGGUUAGCUCCACACCUUCCACAAACCAUGGUACUUGUCCCGAAGACACCCUUAAGUUUGGUGUGUGUGCUAGUCUGUUAGGUUUGGUGGACGUGAAACUUGGGGAGCCACCAAAAACCCCAUGCUGCUCUCUCAUUCAGGGUCUUGUUGAUCUUGAAGCUGCAGUGUGCCUUUGCACCGCUCUCAAAGCUAAUGUGUUAGGCAUCAACCUCGAUGUGCCCGUCAAGUUGAACCUGUUACUCAACGUCUGUGGAAAGAAGACUCCUGAAGAUUUCAUCUGCGCUUAAUUCUGCACUUCAUAUAACUACUUUAUCAUGUCUUAAGCUUCUUCUAUAUUUCGCUAUAUUCGUUAUUCAUAUCAUUAUUAUGUGUACUUUGGUAUUCUGUCUGCCACGUGUCAUUUAGCCAAUGAAUGAACAUUUUGUUCGUACUUGGUUAUUAUUGUCGUUAAUUUUUAUGAUGGUUGAAAUUUGAAAGGCUCCUUGCUCUUUCUUCUCAGCCUCACUAUAGUUCUUUGUAUUCUAAGUGAAAUUUCUACUAAUAAAUAUCUACAUUUU